CGAUCUGAUCAGGCUUCCCACUUGGCCACUUCACCCUCCCCGUCCAGGUCCAGAGCUCGCCCCCUACUCCCCAGUCCCCACCCGGCUGCCGGCUCCCCAAUCCCGCUGGCCUCUGCGCUCUCCAAGCCGCGCCCCCGCCGCCGGCCCGUCCCAUUGCCAAGCCUGAACCGCCGGUGAUCGGUCCUUUUCAAGCCAGGGCGCCUUGGGUUGGGCAACGUGUCAAGGUAGUGCCACUACAGUCUCCGGCUAUGGCUGAGGGCUGCAGCCAGACCUUUGUUUCGGUCAGCACUGCACCACCUCUGGUGCCACGGCCAGCCGGCAGGGGAACGGUGCUGAUCCCAACAAAUGUCUGCGAUUACAAGGAGCUCGCGAAACAGAAGUUACCAAGGAUGGUUUAUGAUUACUAUGCCUUGGGUGCAGAGGACCAACACACAGUUAGGGAGAACAAGGAAGCAUUCUCCAGAAUUCAGUUUCGACCAAGGGUGCUGAUUGAUGUGUCUCACAUUGACAUGUCCACGAGUGUCUUAGGCCACAACAUUUCCAUGCCUAUCAUGGUUGCCCCUACGGCCUUGCACAAAAUGGCCCACCCUGAAGGAGAGCUUGCUUCUGCUAGGGCUGCAGCUUCUGUAGGAACUAUAAUGACAUUGUCUUCCUGGUCAUCCUAUAGUAUUGAAGAGGUUAAUUCGGCAGGACCUGGGACCCGUUUCUUCCAACUUUCAGUAUACAAGGACAAGAACUUAGUGCAACAGGUUAUUGGAAGGGCUGAAAAGGCCAGCUACAAGGCAAUUGUACUGACAGUUGAUGCUCCAUGGCUUGGCCGCAGAGAAGCUGAUGUCAAGAACAGGUUCGCCUUACCUCCAAAUGUGGUAUUGAAGAACUUUGAAGGGGUAGAUUUUGGCAACAUAGACAGGGUGAAUGGUUCUGGCUUUGCUGCAUACUAUGAUGCUUGCCAGGUUGACCCCUCUCUUUCUUGGAAGGAUAUCAAGUGGCUGCAGACAAUUACAUCGCUGCCAAUCAUAAUGAAAGGAAUCCUAACAGCAGAAGACACUCGACUCGCUAUUGAAUCUGGUGCUGCCGGUAUCGUCGUAUCCAACCAUGGUGGCCGCCAGCUAGACCAUGCCCCUGCAACCAUCAGCUGCCUAGAAGAGGUUGUCAGAGAAGCAAAGGGCCGUGUUCCUGUAUUCCUCGACGGCGGCAUCCGCCGUGGCACUGACGUGUUCAAGGCCUUGGCACUAGGAGCCUCAGGAGUUUUUAUCGGCCGGCCGGUGCUGUUCGCCCUUGCGGUGGACGGCGAGGCCGGCGUGAGGAACGCGCUGCAGAUGCUGAAGAACGAGCUCGAGGUCGCCAUGGCGUUGAGCGGCUGCGCGUCGCUGAAGGAGAUCACCCGGGGCCACGUCACCACCGAGGGCGACAGGAUCCGUCGCUCUAUGCUGUAGUCUGAAACUCCCUGAGCCGUUGAACGCCAUGGUCAGCAUGCGUGUGUUACUGCUGGAGACAUCUGCUGUCCUUGUUGCAACUUGUGAUGGUUCGCACAUCUGCAUUCUCUUCCAUACUGUGUAUUUCGUCAGAAAAUAAUGAAGUCGAGAUCUGCAUUCUCGUUGCAACU